GAAGGGCUGGCCCUGUGUGAUGAAUUGUAAAUUCGAACUUUCUUUUUUUUUUUUUUUUUUGAGGGAAGUAAAUUCGAACUUUCAUUUUCACUUUUCACGGUUGAAUUGUUAAAAAUUCACAAUCAAUCAUUUCACAAUCAGAAUCAGGCAGCUGCUGUGAGUUCAGGUAAUACCCAUUUCACAGCUCAUCUCUUAUUGCCAAUCAAUCAUGCUUUAUCAAUUCUUUAACAGCUCCAAUAAUCCAACAAAAACCCAAUUUGCAAAUGCCCAUCUCCCUCUCUCGACCGAUUCAAAGCAGUGUUUGUCAAGAAGAGUUGCAGAAAGAUAGGGUUUUGAGGGAAUUAAUUGAAGGGCUGCAAAAAAAAAUUAAGAAAUUGAGGGGAGGGGGAAUCGGAUUUGGGAUUAACUUACUUUUCAUAUUUUUCAUCUUUAUAUUCAAUAAUGCAACUCUUAGUUAGUUGUGGAUUCUAAUUGUUUAAGUUUUGAUCUUUUGGUGAAAAGAGCCUAUAAGAUGUGAUGUUGAUUUGUGUUGGUUGUAUACUGUGAUGGCCCUUAAAAGUUUGGAUUUGAUGACUCUAUAUACAUUUGCUACUGCAAUUGAUGUGUGUCAGUAAACAUCUUGCUAGGUGAAGCUUUCAAGCUGCUCUCCUUCCUAUUGGGUUUCUGUGAUGAAACUCUCGAAUACGUUGCUAGAUUUAGCUACUCUCUAAGUCACCUAAGAUUUAAUUUGUGGAAUGGCUUAGGCUGCUAGUUUUUAAUUGAGUUAUGUGUGUGUGUGUGUGCGCGCGCGUGCAUAGUUUUGAUUGACGAUUGAUUUAUAUACUGGACUGCAAUUGAAUGUCGUCCUAAGAAAAUGGUCAGUUGAAUUGAAGGAGUUUGAAAUGAGACAGUUAUGACCUUUUUGCUUCGAUUAUAUCAAGAUGCUUUGAUUUGAUUACGACUCUUUUUUCUACAAAUUCAAGCAAAUCAUUUUGGGAUAUGGUAGUUUGAGUGACCAAGUAUGGAGCACAUAAUAUCAGUUACGCAUGGAUCGACCGUGCUGUAUAACAAUAGAUGAUGUUGAUGGUUUUAUUGCAACUGUUUGGGGGCUGCAGGUGCUUGAAAUAUACUAGUAAACUUGGGGAAAAUGCUUCCACAAAGGUUGAAAAAGGCUGUUGCAGACAAUCCCAAGAAAGUUGCAAAUUUGAUUGACAUUGUGAAUUUGCCCACCGUGCUUAGAGAUUUCAUGGGCCAGUCUCAGAGUUCACAGCUCGGUUGCUUUAAGCGCGUUUGGGGUUAUAUCAGGGACAACAAUCUCCAGGAUCCAGUCAAUAGAAACGUAGUCAACUGCGAUCCGAAGCUGAAGAGCAUUCUGUUGGGCAAGUCCACGAUCGAUCUCACCGAACUUCCCCCGUUGAUCAAGCUGCAUUUUCCAAAGCAGCCUAAGUGAUUCCUGGAAGUUGAGAUUUUCUUUCAAGAUUCAUUAGAAUCUGUUUCCAUAUUGGUUGGAGUGUUGGAUUUCAGUUUUAGUAAUAUCACAUCUGUUUUUCUUUUUUGCCCUUUAAAAAUAUUGGCUGGCAGAAAGCAUUAUAUUUAUAUAUGUUCUUGUAGUUCUCUUCUUUUAUUGAUGAGCAAAUAAUUUCAAAGAUUGUGAAA